AUGAAGAACUGGAUCGGAAGCAGUUCACGGCAUGUACGUCCCCGACCAGCCGCCGGAGUCCCUCUGUCUGCUGUGUGCGAUAGCUUUACUCGCUAUCUGUUCUAUUUGCAAGAGGAGGCAAGGGUCGGGAAGCGGUGGCACCGGCGACUGGCAAACCUCAUCGGCUACUGCUGCGACGGGGUCGAGCGCCUGUUCGUCGCUGAGUUCAUGCCCAACGACACCCUCGCCAAGCACCUCUUCCACUAUCCCACUAUGUCACCGGCCUGCUCUCCCUCCCCUGCACCAGGCUCUCCGACCGGCUCCUUCGCACCGCCUUCCACUUCAAAGUUCAAACAACUCAAAGACAAGGUUCACCCUGGCCGUUGUCAAGUCCUGACCAUGGCCACACUGCAGAAACAUCAAAUUCUGUUGAUGUCGAUUUUAUUGAUGAUAAAUGUCAGGUAUAAUCUUCUAUGUCCUUUUCAGUUACAUGUAUGCUUUAUGUUCCGUGUUUCAAAUUAA